GCAGAUUUACGAUCCGAUUGGUUUCGGGCUCAGCCGGGAGGCGGGACGAAUUCUUGGUUGGGGGAAACCCACCAGGGGACACGGUGGAGGAGGGGUCACUGUCCACCCGGGGGCGCUGGAGUGAGGUACCGAAUUCAGCCCUUUUGGCCCCGGCGCCUCUGUUCUCGAAAUCCGGGCGCUGUGGGUUGAGGUCCCGGUUCCUAACGGGCUGCAAGAUGGAGGAAGGCGGUAACCUGGGAGGCCUGAUUAAGGUGGUCCAUCUACUGGUCUUGUCAGGUGCCUGGGGCAUGCAAAUGUGGGUGACCUUCGUCUCAGGCUUCCUGCUUUUCCGACGCCUUCCCCGACAUACCUUCGGCCUAGUGCAGAGCAAACUCUUCCCUUUCUACUUCCACAUCUCCAUGGGCUGUGCCUUCAUCAACCUCUGCAUCUUGGCUCCACAGCACGCCUGGGCUCAGCUUACAUUCUGGGAGGCCAGCCAGCUUUACCUGCUGUUCCUGAGCCUUACGCUGGCCACUGUCAACGCCCGCUGGCUGGAGCCCCGCACCACAGCUGCCACGUGGGCCCUGCAAACCGUGGAGAAGGAGCGGGGCCUGGGUGGGGAGGUACCAGGCAGCCACCAGGGCCCCGAUCCCUACCGCCAGCUGCGAGAGAAGGACCCCAAGUACAGUGCCCUCCGUCAGAAUUUCUUCCGAUACCAUGGCCUGUCCUCUCUUUGCAAUCUAGGCUGCGUCCUGAGCAAUGGGCUCUGUCUCGCCGGCCUGGCCCUGGAAAUAAGGAGCCUUUAGCAUGGACCCUGCAUGCCAAUAAAUGCUUCUUUGGAAAUG